AGUUUCUCACUUCACUUCACUGUCACUCAUUUAUAUCCAUAUAUACUCUAUGCAAAUGCGAGAAAACGAUUUGUUAAACCACUUUACGACCGCUUGUGGUACUAUGUGCUGUUCGUGCUCUACCUGUGUCUGUUGUACAGUAUUCCUGGCAUCCCUGCUGUUGGCAACGAUAUGGACCGCCGGUUAUUGGAUAGUAAAGAAUAAUCAAACCGAUAAAAUAAUGUCAAGAGAUUUUAAGAAGAAAUUCUUCUCAAUGUUUAACUUUUUGGGUAAUUUUGUCCGCAUUUACAUCAAGAAGGCUAUCGACGAGGAAAGACUGGAAAGGGAUAGAUUGAAAGUACAGCCAAAUUACGGACAAUAUGGUAAUAGACCCCCAGUUAGGGUCAGACCAGUCAGACCAACCCAGCAGUUGUAUGGCAAUGGA